AUGUAUGCUGAUCAUAGACUUCGUUUCUGGCCGUUUCGAAAUUCUCUUAGUGAACCUUUCUAUUCAUAUGAUGAGGAUAAUCUAAUUGAAACAACCGCUGUUUGUGACCGUUAUUCCAAGCGUCUUCAUCAAGAGUAUCCUUUACCAUCAGAUAUCUAUUGUCAUUCAAACACAUAUAAACCAACUCGGUCAUGGCCAAUAUCCAGUCGAUAUCGUAGUUUUAAUACGCAUCAUUUUAAUGAUAUACGUCCUAUUUUACCAAGACCUAUAUCACCAGUUGAAUUUCCACGCAUUAGUCUUGAUCGUUAUCGACCACCAUUUUUUUGUAAAAAUUGUUGUCGUUAUGAUUUUUCAAAUUUGAAUUUAUAUAAUCGUGAACCAUCAUUUUUUCCUUUAGCACAUAAUUAUUAUCGUUUACAAACUGAUUAUGAAAAAUUUCAUACAAAUAAAAUUUAUACUACAAAACGAAUUAAUUUAAAACAACGUUGGAAAAUUUAUGGUUUAAUAUUAAUAUUUUAUUUUAUGCUUAAGAAAAAUUUACGUUUAGCUAAACAAAAAGAUACAUAUUAUCAUCUUGAUUAUCGUCGUAUUCGUUUUCUUGAAUUAUUAACAGCUGUACAUCGUGUUUAUCUUGAACCAUAUUCUUCUAUAAAUAAAGCUCUAUCAUAUGUGGUUAAUAACUCAUCGAAAUUAUUAAAUGAAGAACAAUUAUUUCAAUGUGCACGAACAAUUAUAAAUGAAAUAACAAGUUUUUUACCUAGUGAGGGUAUUUUAGGUACAAAUAGUGAUGAAUCUGUUUUAAUUUAUUUACUGAAUUGUGCUCUUGAACAAUAUCCAUCAACAUAUUUUUGGUCUAUUGAAAGACAUCUUCUUUCAAUAAGUCAUUUAAAAAUGAAAGAACAUGGUUUUUUACAAUUAGAUCAUUUUACAUCAAAAUUUCUUCUUAUAUCAACGUUUAUAUUUCAUUGUCUAAUUAAAACACUUUUAUUAAAACCAGUUAAAUUUCGUUUAAUACGUGGACAACUUAAUCGUACACAAUGGUUGAAUACACGUUUACUAUCAACAAUAAUUCUUUACAUAGGACGUCAUGCUGUUCUAUAUAAAGAACAAAAUCGUUUACCUAUGCCAUUUCCCUUUGAAAUGAAAAAUUAUUUAAUGAAUGAUGAGAAAUUAAAGGAAAUUUUUAAACAUAUUGAACAAUUAAUUGAAUCUACAACACCAAAACUUAGUUCAUGGGCUUGUGAAUAUGCUGAACGAUUACAAUGCCAUAUAAGAACAAUGAAAACACGAUUAUAA